AUGCAGGGAUGCCUCUGGGGCAGUGACGUGGCAGCCAUAGCUGGAGGCAUGGUGGAUGCAGAGGCUCUGGCUGGGGCUGGAGUGAGUCAGGGUCUGAAGGACCUGCUCAACAGACUGAACAGUGACAACCUGAUGCUCUGUACCGAGGAGGUCUUCCCUGAUGCUGGGGCUGGCUCUGACCUGCGUUCCAACUACCUGCUGAACUCUGGGAUCAGUGGCAUUGAGGAAGCUGACCUGCUGUUACUUAUAGGAACCAACCCUCGUUACGAGGCCCCACUCUUCAAUGCACGCGUCCGCAAGAGCUGGUUGCAUAAUGAGUUGAAGGUUUCUGUGGUGGGGAGCAGUGUGGAUCUGAGUUACACUUACGACCACCUGGGAGAGUCCACUCAGGUGCUGCAGGACAUCGCUAACGGAACACACCCCUUCUGCCAGGUGCUCGCGCAGGCCAAGCAGCCGGUAGUGGUGGUGGGCAGUGCCUCUCUUCAGAGGGACGAUGGAGGAGCCAUCUUGAGCUCUGUGCAAACCAUCGCCCAGAAUGCCCGGGCCAGCAGCGGAGUGGAGGAGGGCUGGAAGGUCCUCAACGUGCUGCACAGGGUAGCCAGUCAGGUGGCAGCCCUGGACCUGGGCUACAAGGCGGGGGUGGAGUCUAUCCGUAAAGCCCCGCCCAAGGUUCUGUUCCUGCUAGGAGCUGACAGAGAAUGUAUCACCAGACAAGACCUGCCUAAAGACUGCAUGAUCAUUUACCAGGGUCACCAUGGAGAUGUGGGCGCCACCAUGGCUGAUGUCAUCCUGCCCGGCGCGGCGUACACUGAGAAGAAUGGAACAUAUGUCAACACAGAGGGGAGGAGUCAACAGACACGCGUGGCCGUCACUGCGCCCGGCAUGGCCAGGGAGGACUGGAAGAUCAUCAGAGCCAUCUCCGAGCUGGCUGGGCUGACUCUGCCCUAUGACUCUGUGGAUGAGGUGAGGGGUCGGCUGGCCGAGGUUUCUCCUAACCUGGUCCGUUACGACGACGUUGAGGAAGCCAACUACUUUAAACAGGCCAACCAGCUCUCACAGGCUGUGAAUCAGACUCUUCUAGCAGAUCCUCUGGUCUCUCCUCAGCUGACCGCUAAAGACUUCUAUAUGACAGAUCCCAUUAGCAGAGCGUCUCAGACCAUGGCCAAGUGUGUGAAGGCCGUCACAGAGGGAGCUCGUCGUGUGUGUAACAUUCUCUAUCUCUCCCAUAGAUCCCAUUAGCAGAGCGUCUCAGACCAUGGCCAAGUGUGUGAAGGCCGUCACAGAGGGAGCUGAUGCAGUCGAUGAACCAUCCAUCUGCUGAACUCAUACGCACACACUCAGACAGCCAAAACACACACACACAGUGAUGACCGUCUCCUAUAUUUAAGUUGUUUUUUGCUGUAAAGAUGUUCGAGGAAAGAGGCUUUGUUAAAGAAAGCUGAAAAUGAAACUGUACUCUGAUUAUGAAUAAAAUCCUAUCCUGUA